AGACAGCGAAGUUUCCAAUUCCGAUCUUCCCACUUCGCGCCCCUGCUGCUUGGAGACACCAAAACAAAGCCCCCCUCCCCUCCUCCUCCUCCCGAAUUGCGCCCCCCGCCCCGUCUCCGGCCGGGCUGUCUCCUUCCAAGCCGCCCGCUCUGUCCCCUCUCCUUCCUCCCCUCCCCUCCUUCCGUCCGAUCUUGCAGCGCGUCCGCGGGGGCUGAGUGUGGGAAGUGCGAGUUUCCGCUCCGUCCGCCUGUCCGCCUCCCCCGGCCAGUCCAGAGAGCAGCCGGCGGCGGGAGGGUCGCGGGGAGCCGGAGCAGCUUUCCCUGCCCAGGCUGCCCAGCUCUGCCAUGAAGCCACCCCCGGGCUGGGGCUGCAACGGAGACUCGCCGGCCGAUCCUCGCAGGGGGUAGGAGAGAGAGGCUGCAGCCGAGGAAGGGAACCGGAGGCUGAGGACUCGCACCGGAGACGUCUGCCCGCUUGCUUGCUUGCUUUUCGCCGCAGUCGAACCGGGCUCGUGCAGCGCGUCCGCACCAGCCCGACCUGCAGCCGCCGUACCGAAGAGGGGGAUGCCGCAGAGACGCCGCUGGAGCCGGGGAAGCAGCCCGCCGCCGGUCCGGGUGGGAUGGAGCGCGUGGUCCGCCUGAUGCAGCUGCUGCUUCUCGGCUGCUCGCUGGCUUUGCUCCCGCCGGCCGUAAACCUCAUCUGUCCGGAGCCAUGCGACUGCCAGCAGCAGCAGCACCUCCUCUGCACCAACCGCGGGCUGCGGGCUGUGCCCAAGACCCUGGAGCCGCAGGACAUCCUCACCUACAGCCUGGGCGGCAACUUCAUCGCCAACAUAUCCGCCUUCGACUUUCACCGCUUGGGGGCGCUGCAGCGCCUGGACUUGCAGUACAACCGCAUCCGCACGCUGCACCCCAAGGCCUUCGAGCGCCUGGCGCGCCUGGAGGAGCUCUACCUGGGCAACAACCUGCUGGCUGCCCUGGCGCCCGCCACGCUGCGCCCCCUGGCCAAGCUGCGCAUCCUCUACGUCAAUGCCAAUGAGAUCAAUUACCUCAGCGCGGCUUCUUUUGCCGGCCUGGGCAGCCUGGUGAAGCUGCGGCUGGAUGGCAACGCCUUGGCCUCGCUGGGCGACGCCACCUUUGCCGGGAUGGCCAAUUUGGUUUACUUGCACCUGGAGGCCAACCGCAUCCACUGGCUGAGCCGCAACGCUUUUGCCGGCCUGGGCAAACUGCGGUUUCUGGACUUGUCGGGCAACCAGCAGAGUUCCUUGCGUCAUCCAGACACCUUUCGGCCUAUGCGCUUGCUCAGUACCCUGCUUCUCUCAGGCAACAACCUGCAGCAGUUGGCCAAGGGGCUCUUCCAACACUUGUCCAAUUUGACCAAGUUGUCACUGAGUGGGAACCGCCUGGCGUGGUUGGCACCGGAGGCCUUCACGGGGCUGGAGGCCCUCAAGGAGUUGGGUUUGGAAGGCAACUUAUUGAGCCAGCUCCCGGCCACUUUGCUGCACCCGCUGCAUAGCCUGGAGGUGCUAGACCUGAGCCACAACUCACUUGUUAGCCUUCACCCUGAUGCCUUUCGUCACCUGCACAAGCUGCGGGAGCUCAGCUUGCAGGAAAACGCUCUGACCACAGUCCCUGGGGACCUCUUUGCCUCCAGCCCAACUCUCUACCGUCUGGAACUUGAUGGGAAUUCCUGGAGUUGUGAUUGCCGCCUGCAAGGCUUGAAGCGCUGGCUGGGGUCCUGGCAUUCCCAGGGACGGCUCCUGACCGUCUUUGUGCAGUGCCACAAGCCGCUUGCCUUGGCUGGGAAAUAUCUCGAUUAUCUGGAGGAUUCCCAGCUUCUACCUCCUCCCAAUGCCUCUUGUUCUGAAGCAGCUGCCUCUCCUUCCCCAUCGCCUGGAGGCAACAUCAGCUACAAUCCUGGCCUGGUGCAGGAGAGGCUGAGCUCUUUGCCUUCCGCCUCAACCAUGCAGCUGAUUGGUUCCCAGAAGAUGUCAGCCCCCCUGCCAGAAUCAGGCAGUUGGGGGACUGACACCAGCCCUACUGUCUCAACAUCCAACUUGCUGCUCAGCACCAGGCCGCCUCCUCUGCCUGGUGGUGCUUGGUCCAGGCGGGCAGGGAAACACCACUUGGUCUCUUCAGCAUCUACCAUCCCUCCCCUGGUCACUGACCCAUGUGAUUUUAACAAGCUGUUUCUGUACAACCUGUCAGUGGAGACAGUGACUGCCAGUGCAGUAACCGUGCGCUGGGGGGUCCGCCCACACCGUAGCCCUCGGUUGUUGGGACCUGUGCGCUUCAGAAUCCUUUUUGACCGCUUUGGGGCUGCUGUCAAGUUCCAGCGUUUUGUUUAUCUCCCUGAAUGGAGCGAGCCGACGGCCACGCUCCAGGAACUGCACCCUGAUACCCCUUACCUGGUCUGCGUGGAGGGCGUAAUUGGGGGCCGCGUCUGCCCAGUAGCACCGCGGGACCAUUGUGCAGGCGUGGUCACCUUGCCUGAAGAGGAUGAAGGAGCAGCGGCGGCUGCUGUGGCAGGUGGGGCUCGAGGCCCAGACCAGCAGCUUCUCACUCUAGUGCUGCUGGCAGUGAAUGCGCUGCUGCUGUUUCUGGCCCUGGCGGCCUGGGCCUCCCGCCUGGUGCGGAAGAAGGUGCUAGGGUGCCGACGGAGGAAAGCAGCAUCUCCGGUGCACGUCAGGCAGAUGUACUCCACCCGGCGUCCCUUGCGCUCCAUGGGCACUGGAGUCUCUGCAGACUUCUCUGGCUUUCAGUCCCACCGUCCUCCUCGCAGCACCGUGUGUGCCUUAAGUGAAGCUGACCUCAUUGAAUUCCCCUGCGAGCGCUUCCUGGACAGUGCCGCCGUAGGCAGAGGUGGUAGCAGCAGUGCCCACCACGGAGAGGAUCACCUGUUGCAGCGCUUUGCAGACUGAGGGUGUGUGUGUGAUCUUAAGAAAGCUGCAGCUUGCUUGAUUCUGUUAUGCUGGAAUCUGCUGCAUGUUGAAAUCAUGGUUUAGGAAGAUCUUGUGGGAACUGUAGUCCAUAUUUGGUGCCUUUGGACAAAAAUGGUGGUUCGUAUGACCAAUGGGGGAUGGCUCUAGAACAGAAUAUGGUCUGAAACAGUGACUAAGGAAAUGUUUUUGUUACUUAAGUGGUUGCUACUUAGGGACCAAACUUAACUACCAUGGGGUUCCACCACUAUUCUUUCCUGAAGUUGGAUAGGCACUGAUUCUUGUUCAUUGGCAAACAGCAGUAUUUUAAAAAGUCCUUCUGUGGCUUCAUAGCUGUCCCAUGAUUAUUUUCCCACACUGGGAAAAAAUUAUUUCUUUCACUAUACUCUCUGCCCCUGGAUUUAACUCUGAUGCUAAUGAUAAUUAUUCUUGAAUAAGAAAUAAACCAAGAUAGACACCAAAAUGAAAAAAAGGAUGUGCUGUUCUGGUUUCUGUGCCUUUUGUGUUACCUUUACCCAAGGUCUUGCACCAUUAUAAGUGCUAUUCUCAGAAUAGAAGGUCCCAUGAAGGGCUUUGAGUAAAUUUUAAUUCCCUUGUAAACAUAACAGCAUGCUGUUUUCUAUACAGGCAUUGCAUACUGGCAGAAGCAGUGACAUAUGCCACCCAAUCAUAUGAACCCCACACAUCCUGCUGUUAUACUGGCAUUACUGCAUAUAUAUGGGGUACAUUUGGAACAAGGCACAAACUAAAGAGCACACAUUUUGUAUGCAGAAGGUCCCAGGUUCCAAUCCCUGUCAGCUUC